AUGGAACACACUCCCACACCAAAUCCCACCAUUCACAGACAAGAUAAGUCUGGUCAGGGUUUUUACAAUGACAUGACAGGUGGACUCCUGUGCCCAGUUGAUUACAACUGGAGCAAUACCAUUGUUCAAGCCUCCAUUCGAGACUACCAUCCCGAUUUUUGUAUCACUGCUUGCUCCUGGCCAUCAUUCCUGUACAAGGAUGGAUGCUGUGACCCCCAGAAUCCUACCAAUGGUUUGUUUAAAGGCAAACUACUUAUAAAGGCAUUUAAAUGUGUGUUCACCUCUCCAACUUCCACAUAUGAGAAACAACCUGCUGACUCAGUGGCUCAUUCUGUAUGGAACAAGAACAGUGGCAAGUGUCACACUUGGCACGAUGUUUCAACACUCCUCAAUAUGCGAUCUAUUCAACCUCAAGCCAUAGCCUAUGUGUCUGUUCAACUAAGAUUUGCAUUGUCAAGCAUGGGAUCUUGGCACAUCAUUGAUGAUGAAUUCAACCAUCAAGAGUUCUACAACAAUAUAGUGGACUAUCUCAAGCUUCCUCCAUCACCAGAAGCCACAAAAGAUGUUGACAACCUUUUACUGUGGUGGAAUCAGUGA